AGCAACAACAGCAACAUCUAUCCCUCUCUCGUCGUUUAAUCGACGAAGAGAGACCGCGCUCGACCAAGUGAAAAUAAAAGAAGGGGACGAGAUGUUGGCUACUUCGAUCUGUCGCGAGGUGCACUUCACUGUGUUACCAAGUAAUACGACGAUGAAUGGUGGCAGGAACGGAGGUGGUGGUGGUGGUGCUUCUGCUAACGCUGCUUCUUCAUUUAAUGCAUCAUCUCGUGUAUCUCGUUGCCUAUUUGGAUCACCAAAUUCUCGGGAAACCGCGGAAAUGUUGCAAGAGGCUUUGGAUACGGAGAGAAAACGAUUUGCCAGAAGAUGGGGAAUCGAUCCUUGCUCGGAAAAUAAAGAAAAUGAUUGUCGGUGGUCGUACAACGAGCAUACGCCGAAAAAACGUUCCAGUCCUUACUCUAAGCAGACCAAUAUUCACGAUUACUGGCGUUCCCGAAAAGGUAGCGAAAGUGGUAAGAAGCCAUUGACAUCAUCGAGUGACAUUACGAAACAACAAGGUUUGGAACGAAGUCCUCGAAGAAGUCCAAGAAGCCAUUAAAAUAUUCUAAAUAAAUGAAUAAUUUCUAUAAUCGUUGGAACUGCAAAUGAUUGUAUAACACGAAUGAAGAUAAUUUAUCUGUUCAUUACUAUAAUGACAAUCCCAAUUGCUAAUAUUCUUAUUAUUGUUAUUAUUAUUUUUUAUUAU